AUGACUGGCUUUGGUUCCCCAGAGGAGACGAGGUGUGGACAGCAGCUGCUGAUCGACCUGCUAUUCUGCCAAGUGAGGUUCUCAGACGGGAAAGCAAUAGCGAGACUUGAGACUCUAAAGUUUCUGCUCGAGGGCGAGGACUUCCGCACGGUGCAGAGAUUUGCAACAGUUUUCUCAUUGAGGGUGCUCGAGCAGAAGGAUCCGGCUUUCAAGAUGGACGUCGUUCUUAGACUGAUUGCCGAGAGUCAGGCCUAUCGCAAACCCAAGCUUAUCGACACAUUGUCUGAUAUGCCUGUGACAGCAUGGCCACGUCGAUUACAGCAGGAGCUUAUUCGGUUGCAGGUGGGCGAAAAGGGCUACGCCUCCAGCUCUGAGAAGUACAAGAAGGGGCUGGUGGAGAUGCUGAGUCGCUUGCGCGAGCAAAAGGGCGAGGACUUCUUCCAGGUGUUCCUGGAGUUCAUGGCCAAGCUUCAGGGCAAGCACAUCAAGCCUCUCUGCCGACUAUUGGCCAAGCUCCUAGGCAAGGGCGCAUCUCUGCGCAACUUGCAACAGCUUCGAGAUGAAGCAACUGCCGACAACGCCGAUAGCUGGGAGAUGUUGCUCUUUCAGAAUGAUGGUCCAAAAGACCGUGACCUUCUCGUCUCAGAGCUGUUGGAACUGAUGAAGGCCGACAACAAAAGCUGCGAUGGGGGCGUGAAUGCUGCUGUCGCCAAGUUCAUUGAUGAUGCCUGCUUCCCUCGUCUCCUUCACAAUGUUGGUUACAGAGAGACUGACGGGGGCUACUGUGUGGACUUGGGGAGAAAAGCCCCACGAACCUUUGAUAAAGAUGAGACCUGGACCAAGAAGGACCUCUGUGACUGGACCAGGGAGGACGUCAGUGGAUGGGCGAAGGCCUUCAAAGACAACGCAGGGGAGAACGAUCUCAGGCGGCUGUCGCUUAGAGGGGACCAGUCACAAUCAAUCCUGGCUGAGGUCCUUUCAGUUCUUGUUCGGGCUGUGCAGCUCUUCAGCAAUCUUGUGCCUCGGGUAACCCAGCUGAUGGCCGUUGUUCUUCUUCUCAGCGGAGAGAACAAAGGUAUGCUGGCAAACGUCUCCACAGGUGAGGGAAAGACUCUCAUCACAGUCAUGUUGGCGACCAUCUUGGGCCUCUGUGGCAAGAGCGUUGACGUCGUGACGAGCUCCAAGGUUCUGGCAGUCCGCGACUCCAAACCAAGAGACACCCAGACAAGAGAAGGCUACGCCGACUUCUAUCAGUGCUUCAACCUUGUCUGCAGCAAUAACUGCGAUGACGAGUGUGAGCAAUCUGAGGAAGAACGCAAGCGCAGAUAUGAGGAAGCAGACAUCAUGUACGGUGAGGUGGGUUGCUUCCAGCGGGACAUUCUGCUGAGCCAGUUCUUCGGCAAGGCCAUUCGCAUUGGCAGCGGGCUGGCAGAUGCACUUAUAUUAGACGAAGUUGACAACAUGAUGAUUGACAAUGCAACCAAGACGCUGUAUAUUUCUCAUCACAUCACAGACAUGAGGCAUUUGAGAGACCUCUUCAUGCGCAUUUGGACGGCGGUGCACGGCCCGGAGUACGCAUUCACUGAGGACAACGUGCGCAAGAUUAUGCAGUACAUGAAGAACAUCACUGCAAGUUGCCAGGAGAUCCGGAUCAACCACUGCAUGCUGGCCGCAUCCCUACGCAUCGAGCAGCCAGCAGGCAUCACAGCUUCUGCCUGGCAGGAGGUGCAGAAGUUCUGCCAAGGUGAGAGAGCUGUGCAGGUCUCUGAAAGUUUCGAGGUGGAGUUGCUUGACAACCAGACGUAUCCACGUGAUGACAUUGUCGAUGGGUUAAAGUGCAUCAUAGCAGCAGAGGCAGCUGCAGCGGAGAAGGCAGUGGAUCCAUGGGAGAGCGAGCUGUCCCAACAAGAAGCAGACGCACUCGACAGUCUCUUGCGGCUGCUCAACCUAGGUGCGAUGGAAGAGACAGGAGCCAAAACGACGAAGAUCCCGAUCCCCAGAACUUUGAAAAAAUUUGUGUCAAGAAACUUGCGGACCUGGAUCGAGAAUGCAUACUUGGCGAAGUUCAUCAAAGACGAUGAUCAGUACAUAGUGGGCGAUGCCGACUCCCAGAAGUUGGGUGAGAUCCUCAUCAUGGACAAGGAUAUUGGGGUGGAGCAAAAGACGUCCAAGUGGGGCAAGGGCCUUCAUCAGUUCCUCCAACUAAAGCACGGUGGCAAGCUAAGUGACGAGAGCUUGAAGGCCGUGUUCAUGUCGAACAUGAAAUACUUUCAGAGCUAUGACUUGCUCUACGGUAUGUCUGGUACCAUCGGCGGAGAAAUGGAGAGGCGAAUCAUCCAUCGCACUUAUGAUGUGGACUUUUUCGAGCUGCCGCGUUUCCGGGAGUAUCUCUUUGAGCUUGAUGAUGAAGCAUUCUCUGUGUCUGCUACGCAAAGCGAGUGGCUGCAGAACAUCGUCAACAACAUCGACGAGAACAUGGAUCAGCAAAAGACGUAUUCUGCUGAAGACAAGGACGACAAGUUGAAGAGGGAGCUGGUGCAGCUGGAGAAGGCGGAGCAGAGAGACCAGGCGAAGCUGACUGAGGUGAAGGCUGAGUGCCUGAAGAUCCAGCAGAAGCAGGAGCAGCUGCAAGGAGACAUUGAGGCAUUAGAGAAGGUGGCAGCAGUUGGUGCCCGAUAUGCGCAGAUAGAUGCAGAGGGCCUGAGCCUCGAUAAAAGCACGCAAGAGGUCCAGUCCUGUGCUGACAUGCUCGCUGCAUCGGAUGACCAGAGCCUGCUGAAGCCUGGCGAGGAGGUGGAGCAGGUUUCCGUGCAGUUGCAAGGGUUCUUGCUGCGCAGAAAGCAACCCAAUUCUGAGGGUGAGGAGGGCUCCUUCUCCUGCAAGGAAGAGAUCCGAAUGCUGGGAAUUCCUGGCAAGAUCAACGCUCGAAAGAAGGACUUGGCAUUGCUGGACAAGCAGCUGAAGCCUUUGGCCGAGAAGAGGCAUUUUUGCGAAUCAUCUCUGGACAGCCUCAGCUCAGACAUUCAAGCCUUCACGCAAGAGCUUAAAGCGGCAGAAGCAGAUGGCAAGAUGCGGUGCAAGCGUGCCAUCUUGGUGAUAUGUGAAAGUGUAGAGGCCAGCAAGAAAAUAGAAGAGCGAGUUCGUAAGGCGUUUGCUGAUCCAGAGCAGUAUGGCGUUUAUCGGUAUGACCGUGCAUACCGGCCCUUUGAAAAAUCAAGACUGGAGGCUGGAGACAUUGUGGUCGCCACAAAUAUCGCUGGCCGUGGAACCGAUCUGGGUGUCUCGAAGCAGGUGGAGAGGAAUGGUGGACUCCACGUGAUCAUGGCUUUCAUGCCAUCGAAUGAUCGUGUGAGGAGACAGGGCUUGGGCCGAACCGCCAGGGCAGGCCACAAGGGAACCGGAACGUACAUCGUUCUUUGCGCGGACGGGGCCCAUGCCGGUAAGUCGGUGGAUGAGAUCAUGCGAUAUUGGGAUGACCAGGAGUACGAGCGACUGCUGGCGAUUGAGGGGGAGCGGUUCCCGAAGAUCAAGGUGGAAGAUGCCCUCUUCAACAAGUUCUUGAGGCUUACGGAGGAGAUCAAGGAGAGUGAUGCGUGCAGCAAGAAGCUGCAGCUCGCGAGCCUCCAGAACAAGUGGGCCAUGUGGCUCAAUGAGCACGAGCACUUGUUCAAUGCGGCCCACAAGCCCGGGACCCAACAGAAAAUCGAUGAGGCUUACCUACAGUUCGAGGACCAAGUGCGGAGCAAACUUCAGGACGGCCCGUAUGGCCUUGUCGAGGAGCCUGGUGAGCUGAGCAAGUGGGGUCGGAUGCUUCUCGACAAGGGCAAGGCUUCCCAAGCCUUCGACUGUUUCCAGCAGAUUGUCCGAGAUCACCCUGACUUCUCAGAGAUGGCUUACUACUACCAGAGCAUUGCCAUCAUCUACCAAGAUGGCGGCUUAGCCGGAAAGCGUCGCGCGAAAGAGCUUCUUACAAAGGCAAGAGCUGCUCUGUGCGAGCGCCGCGGCAACGUGACUGGCCGUGUUCAGAUCUUGAAGUCCAUUAACAACAUAGCCCGGCGUAACGCUGGUGGCAUGGUGAACUACUUCGCCAAGCAGCAGGAAGGAGAGGCACGGUGCCUCAGCAAGCACAUUGAGGCCAUUGACCAUGCCAUGGGUGCGGAGGAGGUGGUGCCUGAGCACUUCAACCUGCCAGGGACUGCGGGCUCUGCGUCUGCGCAGUUGAUGUCUGAGCUGCGCGACCUAGGGAUCUUGAAGGGUCCGCGUUUGAGCAAGAAGCUUCGCGUGGGCAGUGAGAUCCUGCAAUCGGGCCAUGAUGCUUGGCGGAGGGUGGAGGAGUUUCAAGCAGAAGACCGGCGUGCCUUGAACGCUUUGAAAUCCAGAAAAGGCCAGCACAAGGACUUGGUGGAGAGUUUGCAGAGGAGGAUCGAGCUCUGUGGCCGACUCCUUCCAAGCGCUUCAGGCUCCUUGAGUUCCUUGCUUGCGCAUGGGUCACGUGGCUCCUGGAGCUACAAGCGCUGCGCUGCCAUGGCGGGGCUGAGCUACGAAGACUUCGUGCUUGCUACCGAAAUCUUGCAAAAAGCGGAAGUCAUUUCUGACAGGCAGCUCUUCCGAGCCUCAAGCUCUUCCGACUCCUGUCAGACCAGCCUGGUGCCGUUCCCGGACGUUUUCAUCUCAGCAAAGGAGGAGAUUCUCACAAGCAUCGAGCGCAAGUUGGCAGAGUCGGCAGAGGACAGCGGAAAUUGGAAGUCUCGGAAGAUCGAUGCAUCUUUCUUUGCAACCAGCCUCUACUCCCGCGAAAAGUUCAUGCAAGACGCGUCCGACAUUGUGAAGGAAGAGGACAGAAUUAAAAUCAGCGAGGACGUGGAGCUGAAACUUGCCGGGCAGCUGCAGCACGAGUCCUUCCAAAACAGCGGAGUCAAAGUUAGGGACGUCUUGGCAAGCGAGGCCCGGCGCUUGGCCCAGGAGAGGCAGUCUCACUCUGAGGCGCUGAGCAAGCUGCGGGCACAGAUGGCCGCGAGCUCACAGGAGUCCGAUAAGGCCAACAGAGAGCUACGCCGCUUGGAAGCCCACCUGGAGACGUGUGAUGGCACGGUCCCCAAGGCAGAGCUUGAGGAAAGGCUGGUACAAGAGACUGGCUGUACCCUGGAGGCGGUGCGAGGCAUCUUGCACUUCUUGGAGCACUAUGAGAGGCUGACCAUCGACCACAACUCAAUCCGCAAGAAGCUGGCAGACGCAAAGAACAAGUCCAUCUUCAUGGGCUUUGAGAACAGCAUCCAUGCUUUCCUCCUGGAAGAGAAGGAUGUGGAGGUGGCCCCAGGUCGGCGGGUUUUGCUCAAAAACAAUGGGUUUGCAGCGAAGCAGGACGUCUUGCUUGGCAUCCGAGUCUUGGCAAACUGUUUGCAGAAGGCAGAUCCAAGCAUGGAGAGCAAUGUGCGUGCGAUCCUCCUCCAGGCAGGGCUCGAUGCGGGAGUUAAGUUCGAAGCUAUUCGGAGUUAUCGCGUUCACAGCUUCUCGCAGCCCGACGCCCUGGACCGCAUCUCCAUGGCUCUUGCGAAGAUCAGCAUUCCCGUGGAGGAGGUUGCGAAGCGACGUGUCUCUGCUCUAGAGCUCGGCUGCUCGCCAGCACUGCAGCGCAACGGAAUCCUCAUCAAGCGGCGUCUGAGGGAACUCAUGGACGAGGCAGCUGCUCGUGGCGAAUCCGCCGUUGAAGUCUCCGGGGACUCCUUCUUGCUACCGGAUGACGAUGGGACCCGUGUCAUGGAUGAGGAGGAGUUCGAGAUGAUGCGCACGAUCAUGCAGGAUGCGCAGAUUGUGAAGACUACCUUGGCCGAAAUCCUUCGGGGCAAGGACAUGGACAAGCCUCCGCCGCCAGAGCUCGAGAGAAUUUUCACCGUCAUGUACCAAAAUCACGGCCGGAUCACGGACCGAAACCCAAUCCUGAAAGAUCCCAAGGAGGCCAGUCAGGAGCUGUACGCUCGACUACGCGAGCUCCGGGUGAUUCUUCCUGAGCGGGUUCAUUGGAGGCUCAGCAGUGACCCCGCCAGCCGCGAGAACUACGUCAAGCAGAAGGUGGAGGAGGUGGUCUGCAAAGUCUUCGACCUGAAGCGGGAAGAUGACUGGGCGCAUGGGCUGGAGUCUUACAUUGCGGGUGGACUCUCAGAGUCAAAGAACAAGGAGCUCGACGAGAAGAUUGACGCCGUGACCAGCAUGAUCAAGCAAGCGGCAGGUAUGAUGCGGACACUCCCAGACAUCAAGGUUAAGCAGAAGAACCUGAGCCAGAUGUUCUCAGACGGGAAGGUUCCACCAGAGGUUAUGGAAUAUGCGGAGAUGUGCUUUGACAAGGUCCUGGAAUAUGAGGAGGACAAAGGGUUUAUGGAUUGGGAUUGUUUCUUUGUCGUCCUGAUCGGGGUGGCGCAGAUUGUGGCCGGGGUUGCCUUGGAGGUGCUCACAGGUGGUGCUGCUCACUGCAUUGCUCAGGGGGUCAUCGCCGAAGGCAUCGGAGACAUUGUCUUUGCAAUCAAUGCUUGGGCCGCCGGAAGUUUUUCGUGGAACGCCUACGGCCAGCACAAGGUGCAGAGCCUGAUGAUCUCUCUCUUAACAGCCGGCGUCGGGAGCUUGAUGAGCAAAGGCGCCCAGGCCGGGAAGAUGGGCAUUGGGCUCGCCACAAAGACGGCAGUCACCAAGGCUAUAUACAAAGAGGCGAUGAUCAACAUCAUCGUCGGUGUGGCUGAUGCUGCCACCUCCAUUGGAGCCGAGGAAAUGGGCAAGGCUGUCAUUGAUCAGCUGGCCAACGUGCACUUUGCGAAGCACUUCGAGGAGUUCAUCCGGGGGCCGGAAUAUCAGCUGGCUGCCAAGAAGGUCAAACAAACACUCAAAGAGUUCUAUGACAGGUACGGUAUGGACAGCAAGGCUGAAAUCGAUGCCUGUAUCAGCAGCACCCUGCAAGAUCUCAUGUCUGGCACCCUCGGGAGCAAGAUCCACGGUCAAGUGUCCAGAGUGGCCCAAGGCGUCAGCCAAGGCCUGGCAACGGCUGCCACGAAGCUUGCAAGAGCGAAAGGUAGCAAAGCAAAGGUCUUGGGCACUGUGGCCAAGGCUACGAACACUGUGGUGAGCGCAGCAAGGUAUGGCAAUGAGCUGAUCCAGCUUUGCAGCCUUUCCACGGAUUUUUUUAAUCAUUUGGAUCUCAAGCUUGCUCGGCUUGACAAGGCCAUGAACGCUAAAGUGAGGAACGGAACGUACAAGAUUGAUGUAAACAGCUUGAAGCAGCAGCAGGUCGAUAUUUGUUUUGCAGAUGUCGCCAAGAAAGACAUGGAAGAUGUGGAUGACCAGCUGCAUGAAGCUUUCAAAAUGAAGAUUCGCCAAGGCUUCUUGCAGCCGGCCGUGCAGGGGCUGAUGAACAUGGCCAUGAAGUCAGUCACUCAGGUCCUGACCUCGCCAUUCUCAAAGGCCAUGGAGCGCUUAGAGAAACAUUGCAGCGAGCGCGCCGAGCUGUGUCAACAGCAGAUCAUGAUGCAGAACGAGCAGCAAGUUGCGGCGCUGACAUCGAGGCAGCUGUGCGCCUUGCGAGAGCGCGGAGACAUCCUGGAUACCACUGCGUUAAAGAAGCAACUUGGAACUAAGCAGUUUCAGAGGAUCUUGGAGGACCCUCAGAUCGUGGCCAACUUCAAGGGACAGAGUUUGCGAGCCUUGCUGCGGGACCAUGGCUCCGCAGUGAAGCUCCUCGUGAGGAAAGGCGAGUUGUACGUCGUUCUUCCGAGCUACAAGGAGAUGUGCCUCAGCCUGGAAAAAGGGCAGGUAAGGUUUGCCAGCAACACCCACACUGUUGCUAUUGCUGCAAAGAAGCUGGGCCGGACCAUUGAGCUCUGCACAUUGAACCUGGAUGGCAGCAUACAGCCGCUGGAGGGGACUAAGGACAAGUUCAUGCCCAGUCAGUCCACUAGCAAAGGUGGCAGCAUCAAGCUGGCCUUCAUUCCUGGCGAGAAUGGGCAGGAGGGGCACUAUGCGCCUCUUGUCCAAGGCCAAGACGGCAAGUGGGAAGCAGUGGACAUCAAGCAGAACGUAGCAUCUCGUGACGCCUGCUUUGCGCAGAGCAUGAUCUGGACCCAGGAAUGUGAGAGGCGUGGUAAGGACCACGCCAGCAAGGUGGCCACAGACCAGAUGCGAAUAGAUGGCUACUACAAGUCUUUGGGCAGCUUUGCCCGCAACAACCCUGAGGUCAAGGACAUGUAUAUGCAGGGAAGCUCCAUUAAGCGGAGCAGGGUGGUGGGAGGGGUCACGGUCGCAUCAGUGACCAGCGAUUUUGAAAGAAGACACGUGGACACAGCAGCUGCCACGCCUGACGACCUGAUGGAAAAGCAUUGGAGAAGACAAUACCCUCCGGGAAAGUUGAAGCCUGAGUACGUCGACAGGAACUCCGUAUUCCUUAGCAAUCAGGGGGCCAGUCUUUUCUUGGGUGACCUUUCCAACCUUUCAAGCUUACCGUGCCCUCAGCCCCGUGGCAAUCAGGGAUGGUUUACGACAGCGGCAUACCAACAUCUCCAGUUCGCUGAAACCUUCUGGCUGCCGAGGGAAAAUGUUGACAACUUGGUAAGCCAGAUACAACUAGGCAGGCCCAAUGCUCACGUGCCCAUCAGACAAUAUAUUGAUGGUCAAAAUCAGGACCAUUACUUCUUCCUUCAGCGGAAACCGCUGAAUGCGUCGUACAGGUAUCAGCUGGCCACUAGAGUCGACAAAAAAGGUAAUCGCCAAGUGAACCACUUCCACGGGGCCCUUGAAGUUCAGAACCCCACGACGGUGAGUCUCGAGUGGGGAUAUUCGCAAGUUGGACGACCACUCCCGGGCGGGCCUGGUCAGUUCUGCCCACGCUGGAAGAACUGGAAGAAUGUGGUCAAGUGGUACACCGCUCCGACAUGGCGCCAAGAGUACCAGAACACAACGGAUUGGAACAAUCUCUGA